ACGGCCGCCAUGCGCCGCUGAGGGCGCCGGCCGGGCCUCGCCAUGGGGGCGCCGCCGCCCAACGGCAGCCUCGGCCUCACCGCCGGCACCCCGCGGCCCGCCGGGGCGCCGGGGCCCGGGGACCGCGGCUGCGAGAACGGCGCCCUCAUGGACAGAUUCGGCAUCUUCCUGCAGGGGCUCCUGGGCGUCGUGGCCUUCAGCACCCUCAUGCUAAAACGCUUCAGAGAACCAAAGCAUGAAAGACGUCCCUGGAGGAUAUGGUUUUUAGAUACUUCCAAGCAAGCCAUAGGGAUGUUGUUCAUCCACUUCGCAAAUGUCUAUUUAUCAGACCUUACAGAAGAAGACCCCUGUUCACUGUACCUUAUCAACUUCUUGCUGGAUGCCACCUUAGGAAUGCUGCUGAUCUACAUCGGGAUCCGUGCUGUCAGCAGCAUCGUGGAGUGGCAGCAGUGGGAGUCCCUUCGCUUUGGGGAAUAUGGUGACCCCCUGCAGUGCAGUGCUUGGGUGGGCCAAUGUGCUCUGUACAUAAUGAUUAUGACAUUUGAGAAAACCAUCAUCAUCAUAGUGCUGCUUAUACCUCAGUGGAAAGAGGUGGCUUUAUUGAACCCCAUAGAGAACCCCCAGCUGGAGCUGGCAAUCGUCAUGCUGAUAGUUCCUUUCUUUGUUAACGCGUUAAUGUUCUGGGUAGUAGAUAAUUUCCUUAUGAAGAAAGGGAAGACAAAAGCUAAACUUGAAGAAAAAGAAGCAGGACAAGAUUCAAGAAAUGGAAGUAAAGUUCGAUACAGGAGAGCAGCAUCACAUGAGGAGUCAGAGUCAGAAAUCCUUAUUUCAGCAGAUGAUGAGAUGGAGGAGUCGGACGCCGAGGAGGAUCUGCGCAGGCUGACCAACUUAAAGCCCAUCAAGAAGAAGAAGCAUCGCUUUGGUCUGCCCGUAUGACACAUUCCUUGGCCUGUGGACUUGCAGGUUUCGUGGCAAAAACUUCUGUCAGUGGGGUUUAAUGUUGCAAUUGCAUCUCCCUUUUCAUACAAACUGACUUAGAAGCAAGGUCUACCAACAGAAGGCAAAGCAGUUGGAAGACUUUCAGUUCAGUUGCACUACAAACACACUGACCAGUUAUGCAAGAAUGUCCCCUCAUCAUGUGUGGAAAAUAGACGAGUCACUAAGGAUUCGUGUGCGAGGUGUCAGAGAAGAUCGGAGAGAACAGAUACAGAAUCUUUCACUUUCAGUUACUGAUGGGACAGUGUAUGGAGUUCUCAAAAAGGCAUCAGAGUUGACUAAGUUAAAGGAGUGUGUUUUAUUACUAAAACUGGCUUUUGCAGCAUAAUUCCUAGAGCAGAAUAGUUUAUGGUUACAAGCUGUAACUUAACAUUAUUUUUUUAAGUACAAAUGUUUACUUGCUACCGGGUACCUAUGGAACUAAUAGGUGGAACAAAGAUUUUUUUCCAAGUCUUCUCAAAUCUAUCUGACUAUUUUAUAUUUAAGUUAUAUUUUCAUACAGUUGUAUUUAAAGAUUCUCUUUAUCAGAGAAAUGGGUACAGUUCCCUUUUUUGUGCAGAACAGGUCAAAAGAUUUGUAGUGAAAAUCUUAUUUAUCCUUGUCUCCUGAUUUAAGACAAAGGCAUUGCAAAGGGAAGAGCUCUCUGUCACUGCUGAAGUCACCAAAUAUCACUAAAAAAUGCAGUCCUAUGUGUGCUCUUGACCAUAUAAUUUGAAAAUACCUUUUUCAGUAGGAGGUGGUGUUUGCAUAUUUGACAAAGGUGCACUUUAGUGUAUAACAAAAAUCCAUUGUGAUAAGUUAUGUGUGAAAUGAGUAUCUAUGGAUACUCUAAUUAUUUCUGUUUCUGCAAGUCUCUUGUGCGUACCUCUCAAAUGACCCAAAAGAGAUGGAACAUUUCUGAUACUUUUCCUAUUAUAGGGCCUGCAGUACAGGACUGUGAUCUGAUUAUAGCAGUUGUGCUACAAUAUUGCAAAUACAAUUCUGUCCCUUGUUUUUUCUUGGAAAAGCAAUCUUCUACUUAAUGUGCUUAACAGCAACAACAACAAAAUUUCUCCUAUUUAAUUUCCAUAAAGUCUCAUUAUCCUUCAAUAGUAAAAGAACAACCCCAAGGGGUACAGUGCAGUUGUUACCACAGCGUUUCUGGGAUUUUUCAGUGUCUCUUCUGGUAAUUGAGAGCACGUGGUGAUCUGAAACCUAGCAGACAUGUUUUCAGUUAUAUCCUUUUGCUUUGCAUAUUUUCUAAAUGAUUGUUUCUGACAGCUUUCCUUGCUUAGCUAAACCUUGUGCAGGACAAGGCGAUGUGUCAAAGAGGUGACAACAGACCUUGAAUGCAGGUCUGUUGUAGUAUCUGGACACCAGAAAAAUUCCAAGCCUUAAACCAGUUUCAUUGGAAAACUGCUCAGAACUUUUUAAGAUUUUUUACAUUUUUUAUAGAUUUACUAGGUCUUAAUGUGAUUUAUUAUCCAGACCACUUAACUGGGCCUUAGUAAAUACUGAAGUGUGCGCUCCCGUGCUUACUUUCACUAUUCCAGCAUCCCUUUUCCUGGUGGCUGCCAAGGGGACACGAUGCUCUGACACCUCAGAGUGUCCAGCCAGCUCAAAGGGACAUUUACCAAACCCAAGGUUUUAGUUGAGCCACUGACCUUUGUUACUGUGCACUGAAACGUAAGAACUGCAAUAAGUUACAGUACUAGUGUUUCCUUUAGACUAAAUCUAGAGACUAAUGACAGUGGAAGUUUACCUGAGUUCUUUUGACAUGGGGGUGGGGAUGGGGAAAUGUCCCUGAUCAGUGUUGCCUCUGGUUUGGGGGGUUUGGGGUUUUUUAUUGAUUGUAUGACUUGCAUCUUCUCUUGACUAUUGACCACUGGGUGGGCGCAGAUCUCCAAAAGCACAGUACUUCAAGGAAUUCAUCAACAGAAUAGUCUCCUACAGCUCACUUUUCCAAAGGGAUUUAAGAGCUAGGACUGGCUCUUGUCACAAUUGUCAGCAUUUAUUUUUUUUAGCAUAGGAUUUGUUCUGUUUCAGAUAGUGAACUAAAGCUACUGAACAUGUGCUCCGUUCCAGUGCGGAGCCAUGGCUGUCCUCGCCAGCUGAGAUAACGGAGCAGCGCACACAAAUUUCACUGUGCGAGCUUGCAUCUUAUCUUCCUUUUCCCUCCUCCAGUUACUUCAAUUAUCAAAAUUAUUCUAGUCUCAUGUUUAGUCUGUGAAGUGUCAGUAUAAAGUUAUGGCCUUAAUCAUGUAAAAAUAUUUGUUUUGAGCAGACCUCAAGCUUAUUGACCAAGUGCAAAACAGUGUAAAGCGCUAUGGAGCAGAUUCUUGAAGGUGGUUAUAGCAAAGAUUCUGAAUGCCUAAUUUUUCAUGUCUUAAGUGCUUAAAUGUCACUUGAUGUGAGAUCUAGAUAUGCCUAGCAAGAUGAUGUAGUAAAGCACUAUGAUCCAAAGACACAGAAAUAUUUUAAAUACCACAGUAGUAACAGGAGGAGCAACCUUCAGA